GUUGCCGAAGCUUCCCCCGAGCUUCGACGGAUCGCCGAACUGGUUUGGACAAUUUGAACCGGUCUUUCGCAAUCCCCCAGUAUUUCCAGGUAGAAGCUCCGACACAACUCGCUUCAGAGUUUGCAGUACUCAAUUGACGUUUUUGUAUUCAGAAUACCAACCUCUCGCCCAUCAUGUCUUCGACUCUCCUGCGCACCGUCCCCGCGCUGCGGGGUGCCCUCCGAGCUUCUGGAGCUCCCAAGGCCGCCGGCGCCAUGGCUACCACGAGCUUCGUGCGUGGCAAGGCAACUCUUCCCGAUCUGCCGUACGACUACGGCGCCCUCGAGCCCCACAUCUCGGGCAAGAUCAUGGAGCUGCACCACGCCAAGCACCACCAGACCUACGUCAACGGCCUCAACAGUGCUUUGCAGACUAUUGGCGACGCCGAGAGCAAGGGCGACUUUACCAAGGCAGCGACGGUCGCCCCUCUCCUCAACUUCCACGGCGGCGGCCACAUCAACCACAGCCUGUUCUGGGAGAACCUGGCACCCGCCAGCAGAGAGGGUGGUGGUGAACCGGACGGAGCUCUCAAGAAAGCGAUCGACUCCGACUUUGGCUCCUUCGACACCUUCCGCUCGCAGAUGAACACGGCGCUCGCUGGUAUUCAGGGCAGUGGCUGGGCUUGGUUGGUCAAGGACAAGUCGGCGGGCACCCUGGGGCUCGUCACGCGCGCCAACCAGGACCCCGUGUCAGGCCCUUAUGUGCCGCUGAUGGGCAUCGACGCCUGGGAGCACGCCUACUACCUGCAGUACGAGAACCGCAAGGCCGAGUACUUUGACGCCAUCUGGAACGUCGUCAACUGGAAGACCGUUGCCAGCCGGUUUGAGAAGGCUUAGGUGGCUGUAUGGAGACCGGAGGGGCAGACUGCUCUUUGUGUACUGUGCCAGCGUGAACUCGAUCUAGGGACUCGGGAUGAAUUUAGUUCGAACCGACUCGAAGGACCGCGGCUCUAUUCUCUCGCACUGGGAAAUGCUGGCUUAGGCGCGGCCGCAUGUGAUCGUUGGGUGCGACGCAAUGAUGACUCUUGGACAAAAGGCAGAUUCAGUUAAGAGGGCAGUGACC